CACACCCAGAUCUCGUGCACCUCCUCCUCAUCCCCUUCCUUCCACUUGACAGGUCUCUCCACACCCGCGGCUGCAGUCCACACCCAAACCCUAGCCGUCGCGUCGGCAGCUUCCACCGCCAUGGACGACCCCGCCGCCGCAGCCACCGCCGCCGCCACGGAGGUUGGUGCGCCCGCAUCCCCGCCCCCGCCGGCCGCCGAGGAGGCCGAUGCCUCGGCGGAGGCGGAGGCCGUCCCGGAGGCGAAGAGGUGGCCCGGGUGGCCUGGGGACAACGUGUUCCGGAUGGUUGUGCCCGUGCUGAAGGUCGGGAGCAUCAUCGGGCGGAAGGGCGAGCUCAUCAAGCGUCUCGUGGAGGAGACCAAGGCCAGGGUCCGCGUCCUCGAGGGCCCUGUCGGCGCCACCGAGCGCAUUGUUUUGGUGUCUGCAAAAGAAGAUCCGGGCUUGGAGCUGCCUCCAGCUGUGGACGCUCUGAUUAGAGUUUUUAAACGUGUCAAUGGAAUAACAGAUGGAGCUGCUGAAGGUACCCAGACAGCUGCUGCACCUGGUGUAUGUGCUGCCCGGUUGGUGGUUCCUGGAGCUCAAGCAAUUAACCUCAUUGGGAAGCAAGGUGCUUCAAUUAAGGCAAUUCAGGAGGGCACAGGUGCUACAAUAAGGGUUAUAUCAGUAGAUGAUCGAGAUCGGCCUUUCUAUGUAUCUGACGAUGAGAGGAUAGUUGAGAUACAGGGUGAAACAGAGAAAGUUCUAAAAGCACUGCAAGCAGUUUCUAAUCAUCUCCGGAAGUUUUUGGUUGACCAUAGUGUACUUCCAUUGUUUGAAAAGACUAAUGCCCCAGUAAGUCAAGAUCGCAGUGCUGAAACUUGGAAUGAUAUGCCACAUCAUUCAAUUGUUUCUACACAAGUAAAUCAACAACCUGAAGUGCGUGAUGAAUAUGUUCUUCCAAUGAAAAGGGACCAUUUAUAUCUUGAACGGGAGCCGCUGGUAGAACAUAACAUUCAUCGCUCAGGUGUGUCAUUAUAUGGGCGAGAUCCUGCCUUGUCAGCAUUACGACCUUCUGGAAUGCAUGGUGCUGGCCCUCUACUUACACAGAUAACACAAACCAUGCAAAUCCCACUUACCUAUGCAGAAGAUAUCAUAGGAGUCAAAGGAGCGAACAUUGCAUACAUACGGGCUAACAGUGGUGCUGUUGUCACAAUUCAAGAGAGUUUGGGAAGCCCUGAUGAUAUAACUGUUGAAAUAAAGGGGACGUCGUCCCAAGUACAAUCUGCCCAACAGCUUAUCCAGGACUCCCUGGCUGCGCACAGAGAACCUGUGAGGAGCAGUUACGCAGGAUUAGAUCCGUUAUAUAGGUCCAGCUACCCGUAUGGCAGCUCGGCCUACCCGUCAUCAUCGCUGCCAUCUUAUUCUAGCAUGGACGGGAGUGGAUAUUCAUCGUCAGGUCUCGGUGGUUACGGUUCCACUUACCGCUACUAAGCUGGUAGCUGUUUGCCAUCAAGCUAGCGGCCACCCUGUAUCCGCUCCUGGGUCAUCGUUGUGUAUGUCAGCAAUAGUUUGCUCUGCUGGCUUCAUGUUCCUCAGGGUGGUACUGUUAUAGUCGUAUUGAAUCAGGGUGCGUGUUUUAGUGUCUACUUGGUUUGUAGAUGUUCUUAUUUCGAGGAAGUCUGUUCUAGUCUUUCUGUGUGCUGACUGAUUUGAUGAUAAUCUGCCUAUGCCCAAAGGAAUGUAAUUCAACGUGUUCA